AUGGAUGAUGGCGUCUUCGAGGCAGAGAAACGUCGCAACCGUGGCUUUCUCGGCUUCGACAGCGCAGCUCUCUCUGCCAGGGACGCUCAGGAUCGUCGCCAGCUUCGCUACGAGCUCGAUCUGAACUCCUGGAACCUUCGCAUCUGGGGCGUAGCUGCGUCGGGGUUCCUGACCGACUCGUACAACCUAUUCUCUACCAAUGUCAUCUUGGCAUCCAUCACAUUUGUCUACUUUCCGGAUCAGAGGUGGCCGGGACUCUUGAUCAACCUCUUCACCCUUCUCGGCUCUGUUGUCGGCCAGCUUCUCUUUGGCUUUCUCGCCGAUUUCUACGGCCGCACCAAACUGUACGGCAUUGAGCUCAUCCUUGUCAUUGUCUCCACCAUUGGUGUAGCCACCAGCAGUCAUGGCGUUGGCGACCUCUCGUUCCUCGGACUUUUCAUCUGGUGGCGCUUCGUUAUGGGCAUAGGAAUCGGAGCAGAAUACCCAUUGUCGGCAGUCAUCACAUCCGAAUGGUCAAGCUCGCAAUCACGGGCGACGAUGCUGUCAUCCGUCUUCCUCAUGCAACCAUGUGGCCAGGCACUCGCACAGCUGGUGGGGCUCUGGGUUCUCCUGGGGCGUAACAGCACUCACAAAAUCUACGACAUGCAAUGUGGUCUCAAUGAUCUGUACGAGGAUGAAUGCAGGCAAGUCGUUGACGGGAUCUGGCGCAUCGUCAUCGGAUCUGGUGCGAUUCCCGCUCUGCUGGCCAUCAUCUUUCGCUUCUUCCUCUACGACUGCGGCCUGUACAGUCUCGAGGUCAAGAACAAGCCCAGUCGGGCCUUGAGAGACACUCAGAGAGUGUAUGGCUCUCUUCCCAGCAACUCCAUCGGUCUCUCGUCACCCACGGGGACCAAUCAGCAGCGAUCGCCCAUGCCGAUGCCUGUCCAGUUCUCGCGGGAGGAUUUGUACAACUUUCUCAUCCGCGACGGCAAUUGGCUUUAUCUGCUUGGUACCAGCAUGACGUGGUUCAUUCUUGAUGUCGGCUUCUAUGGCUUUUCCCUGGACAACCGCGGCACCUUGGCGGAUAUGUGGGCCACGACGAAAGCCGUUCCAAUUACAGACGCCUUGUCCUGCUGGGAAUCAUCGCUUCCAGGAGGCAACUCGACGGUGCCAGGAUGGGCUCUGACCGGCCUGCCUGCAUGGGCGACUGAUGCGACGAAGCCAUGCCAGACCAUCUACGAUGUCUUGCUCGAGCAGGCACAGCAGUACUUACUGACAGUCUCGAUCCCCUCGAUCGCCGGGAGCGCCUGCUUCGUCUUCUUUGCCAACCGCAUCCCCCGCAAGCAAUGGCUCACGGGAUCCUUCUUCGUCCUGGCCGCCCUCUUCGUCAUCACGGGUGGUGUCUACUACGGCGUGGCGCACACGCCCGGCGCGCCGGCGACCAUAGUCUUUGUCUGCGUCUGCCACUUUGCCUUCAACUUUGGCGCCAACACGCUCACCUUUAUCAUCCCGGCCGAGAUCUUCCCGACUGCCUACCGGUGCACAUGCCACGGCAUCUCGGCCGCGGCCGGCAAGAUUGGCAGCCUGGUUGCCGUGCUCGUCGUGUACGGCAUCAACACGGGAUACAAGAGCGACACCAGGCAAGGGUUGGUGUUUGUGCUGUUCGGUUCCGUGCUGCUCCUCGGAGCGUUGUACUCGUGGGCGUACCUCCCAAACAUUGAGCGCAGGGUCGAUACGGGCAACGGGCACAGCUACCUCGAGACCAAGACGCUCGAGGAGCUCGGUGGAGGCCGGGAGCAGGCCCGGCUCGAGGGGGACAUCAUUACCGUCAAGGACAAAGUCCGCGAGCUGCGACGGCGCCGACGAGAGCGCAAGAACCAUGAGCGCUCCAGUCGUGAUGGCGAGGAGCACGGACACGGACACGGACAUGAUGAUCAGGAUAUUACGGCUGGCCCAGCCGGCGAUGGUGGUCAACGCCGCUUCCGUGAGCCGCAGUCAAGAACAAUACCAUUGUCCGAGCUGCCGGUGCCAGAAUCCACAUACGACCCUCCAGGGAGGUAG